AUGGCCGCCACAGAACAGUACAUCCAGCUGGCCAAGGCGCUGCCCCAGCAGCUCCAGCGUUUCUUCGCCCGUUGGCCACCCGCCUCGAUCCUGCCCGCCGGCGUGACACCCCCGAAGACGGGUUUCCAGGAGAUCACGCCGAAUCCCUUCUCGCGGCAGAAGCACCCUGUAACGGGAAAGUGGCACGACCCGGUUUACUCACUGCGCCGACAGGCAGAGAUUGUCAAGCUCGCGCGUCAACACGGUGUCGAGGAGCUGCUGCCCACGACGGUCAAGGGCACCGAAUACAGAAUCGCGCACCGCGUCGAGCACGGUCUCCGGGUCAAGGGCACUGGUGUGGGACAGAAGGUCAAGGGAAAGAUCCACGAGAGGAUGGUGCAGCCCAGAAUGGAGAAGAGGAGAGAGGCUAUUCUGGCGAUGCCGAAGUUGAUCAAGGAGUGGAAGAAGGUUGGAAGGCGGAACUGGACAAACUUCCCCAAAUAA